AUGUCGAGCCCCACCACCGUCACCGUCACGAACAUUGCUCCUGCGACUGGCGACAAGGAGGUCCAGGACUUUUUCAGCUUCUGUGGCAAGAUCGUCGACAUCCAAGUCUCGGCCGAGGGCGAGACCAAGUCGGCCACGGUGCAGUUCGAGAAGGACACGGCCGCCAAGACGGCGCUGCUCCUGAACAACACGCAGCUGGGCCCCAACCACAUCGGUGUGGCGGGCACGGCCAAGCCCGAGGAGCCGGCAACCCAGGGCGAUGCCUCGGUCGAGCAGCACAGCGGCGAGCUCACGCAGGAGGAGAAGCCGCGGGCGCGCAUCUUUGCCGAGUACCUGGCCCAUGGCUACGUCAUCGGCGACGCCGCCCUCGAGCGCGCCAUCGAUCUGGACCACCGCCACAACGUGACUUCGCGCUUUGUCAGCAAGUUGAACGACCUCAACAGCAAGUACCACGCCACCGAGCGCGCCAAGACGGCCGACCAGUCGUACAACCUCACCCAGCGGGCCAACACCCUGCUCACCGGCCUCGGCUCCUACUUUGAAAAGGCUUCCAACUCGCCGACCGGCAAGCGUGUCGUCGACUUUUAUACCCUCACCCAGCGCCAGGCCAAGGAUGUCCACGAGGAGGCCCGCCGUCUCGCCGAGAUCAAGAAGCAAGAGCACGGCGGCAGCGCCUACAAGGCUGCCGGCCUCGAAAAGCUCUUCGGCGACGAGAAAAAGUUUGCCGCUCCACCAACCACCAGCACCUCGUCCGCUGCUCCGGUCACCUCAGAGGCUCCGGUCCCGGCUGCCACCACUGCCAGCACCGGCGCUCCCGUACCGAGCAGUGCGCCCAAGUUCGACCCCCCGCCGACGGCCCCGACCUCGUAA